GAUGAAUUUUGAAGUUAGUCGCAUUACUAAGGAGAUCUCUCAAUUGUAUGCCUUCCCCAUCUUCAAGAAUGUUCCAUACGCCUAAGUACGCAAGUUCUAUGCCAAUUCCAUGUCGCAGACCUUCCAAUGUCUAGAUAUCGUAUACUUGUAGGAACAGAUGAUCAAAUAAAUUUAUUUGGUUAUCAAAGGGAUUUUCGAAUUAAGAGAACUCGAAAAGGGAGUUGCGAAAGCAGUUCACAUAUUCACCCAAGGACAAUUGAUAGGAGAAAACGAAUUGAACAACAAAACAUCAUUGUGCAAUGGCACUGCCUUUUGUAUUAGUGAGGAAGGUUAAUUACUUAUAUUUGAUCAUGACUUUUUCAAAGCCUAAGUCCUGCCCACCAUAGAGGAGAAUCUGCCCAACAAGUGCAAAACUCAAGUGUCCCGAAAUGAGAAAGUCUUCAAUAACAAAGCGUCUCUAACUGGAGAAAUUGUGCCCAAGAAAACUCUUUCAAGACAUUACAAUUUUAAGAAGAGCAGUGAAGAUGUCGAGGAACAACAGAAGCAACCGGUAGUCUAAAAAAAUUAAAUACGAUCGACUCAUUCCAUUAAUUCAGUUCACCAAUCUCAAUCGAAUAAUUCGGAAGAUCUUAAUGAAUCCCAAAUCAAUAAUCUCAAUAGCAUUGCCAAUCCUUCUCAAGUUAAACAACCUGCAGUAUUCAAUCGCUUGAGAAUGAGUCUACGGAAUACUCAGAAAUCAGUGCAUUUGUAGAAUGAAUAGCUGAGGUCUUCGAUCAUAAAUAGUCCUGUGCGAUCCACUGUAAAUAGAUAGAGUUCCUUCUAAUUGAGUCUUUAGAAAAUGAAGGAGGAGGCUGCUCUUAGGAAAUCGCAGUAGCAAAUGAAUUUGAGGAUGCCUCUGAAGAAUGAGUUGCUAAAUAAAUUUUUGAAUCGGAAAGAAGAAUACGGUGACAUAGCUGCUAAAAAUAGGAUGAGGAGAACUCUCUCCCAAACUACGAAUGUGAAAAAACCUGUAUAAAUAAACAAAUGA